CAAAACAGAGAAUGAUCUCUGUUGCAACGCCAAUAACUCAAACACUAAACCAACAAGUACUAGCAAUUCUGCAAAGAUGCAAUCAUCUAAACCAUCUCAAACAACUUCAAUCCUUUCUCAUUACACAUGGUCACGCCCAAACCCAUUUCUACAACUUCAAGCUUCUUCGCUUCUGCACUCUCAAACUAUCUAACCUCACUUACGCGCGCUUCAUUUUCGACCGUCUUAUCUCUCCAAAUAUCUACCUUUACACUGCAAUGAUUACCGCUUAUGCCGGUCAAUCUGAUCACUCUUCAUUGGCCUUUUCAUUGUACCGUGACAUGGUUCGCAAAGGCUACUCAUUGCCUAACCAGUUUAUAUACCCUCAUGUUUUGAAAUCUUGUCCUGAGGUUUUGGAGUCUUGUGGAACUAAAAUGGUUCAUACUCAGAUUGUUAAAUCAGGUUUUGAGCAACACCCAGUAGUGAAGACUGCUCUUGUUGAUUCUUAUUCGAGGUCGAGUGGUGAUAUUUUUGUAGCUAGAAAACUGUUUGAUGAAAUGUGUGAUCGAAAUGUUGUGUCUUGGACUGCCAUGAUUUCUGGGUAUACCAGAGUUGGGGAUAUAAAGAAUGCUGCUUUGCUUUUCGAGGAGAUGCCUGAUCGAGAUGUACCUUGUUGGAAUUCUGUUAUUGCUGGUUGCACACAGAACGGAUGCUUUUCAGAGGCUAUUGGGUUCUUUAGGAGGAUGGUGAUGGAGAAGAGCCUAAAUAUUAGGCCUAAUCAGGUUACGGUUGUUUGUGUUCUUUCCGCUUGUGGUCACACGGGAAUGCUGCAGCUUGGAAAAAUUAUUCAUGGUUAUGUUUAUAGAAAUGGGUUGGGUCCUGAUUUGUUUAUUUGGAACGCCUUGGUGGAUAUGUAUGGGAAAUGUGGAAACUUAAAAGAGGCAAAAAGAGUUUUUGAUGGGAACUCGAAGAAAAGCUUGACUUCCUGGAAUACAAUGAUCAAUUGUUUUGCUCUCCAUGGGCAAAGUGAGAAGGCAAUAAGUGUGUUUGAGGAGAUGAUACAUUGUAAAUGUUAUAAUGUGAGGCCGGAUGGGGUUACAUUUAUUGGGUUGUUGAAUGCUUGUACACAUGGAGGAUUGGUUGAGAAGGGUCGUGCUUAUUUUGAUUUGAUGACAAGGAAUUAUGGGAUUGAGCCUCGCAUUGAGCAUUAUGGAUGCUUAAUAGAUCUUCUUGGUCGAGCAGGAAAGUUUGAAGAAGCCUUGGAAGUUGUGAGUGAAAUGAAGAUUGAACCUGAUGAGGUUGUCUGGGGUUCCUUGCUUAAUGGAUGUAAAAUACAUGGUCGUAUGGAUUUAGCAGAAUUUGCAGUGAAAAAGCUAAUUGAAAUUGAUCCAAGUAAUGGUGGUUAUGGUAUAAUGUUGGCAAAUAUAUAUGGAGAGCUAGGAAAAUGGGAUGAGGUCCGAAAGGUGAGGAAGAUGUUAAAAGAGCAUAAUGCGUAUAAAACACCAGGUUGUAGUUGGAUUGAGGUUGACAAGAAAGUGCAUCAGUUCUAUUCUGUUGAUAAAUCACAUCCCAGAACAGAGGAGAUAUAUGAUAUCUUGGAAAGUCUGAAUUGUUUGGCUUAGCCUAAAACGUGUAGGGUUUCCCUUAGCACUCUGAUUACACCUUUUUGUCGUUUAAGUCGAGGAAGAAGGAAUCCCUUUGAAAUUCAUUCAACCAGUCCAAGACUUCCUCCACUUGUUUCUCUUCAGUGAAUAUCAGUGUAUCAAACAUGGGUCACUGUCUUAUUCCAUGGCAUGACUAAGCAUGGGUUAUGUUAGAAAAAGCAUCGCUCCACAUUUUAUGAGUGAAGACUCUCUCAAAAAACAGUCAGACGAGCAUGCUUGCAGAUUGAUUUCUACAACGGCAAGGGUGUAUAUGCUUCUUACUUCAUCCCACAAUUAGGGGAUUAAACAUACCAGCCAGUUAAAAUCUGGAACUUGGUUGAUUGACUUGCUGUUGCAGGUUUGCAAAUGCUUCUUUUGUAGGAUUUUCCUCUGCAUCCGCUGCUUGAGAUGAAGCUGUAAUCUGAAAAUUCUGCCUUGUAACAGACUCUUUUGAAAAUUUUAUGAUUCAAUUUUAAUAUAUGUUGUUAUUCCUUGCA